AUGGCUCGUACCAAACAAACCGCCCGAAAGUCUACCGGAGGAAAGGCCCCGCGAAAGCAGUUAGCCACGAAAGCUGCGAGGAAGUCAGCCCCAGCGACCGGAGGUGAAAGAAACCACAUCCGCCGUUACCAGAAGAGCACCGAGUUGUUGGUACGCAAAUUGCCCUUCCAACGACUGGUCCGUGAAAUUGCACAAGACUUCAAGACGGAUCUCCGUUUUCAAGGUUCUGCCGUGAUGGCCUUACAGGAAGCCAGCGAAGCGUAUUUAGUCGGUCUCUUCGAAGAUACAAAUUUGUGCGCAAUCCACGCUAAACGUGUCACAAUCAUGCCCAAGGAUAUCCAGUUAGCAAGGCGAAUCCGUGGAGAACGUGCUUAA